AUUCAAAAGAGUGGCUUGGAAAAAAACCCACCGAUGAGAGGCGCAUCCAUUUUUUAAAUCCAAAUCUCAGAAUCUAAAACUCAAUCUGAGCUCUGAGUGUGUAUUGUUAUAGAAAUUCGGAGCAUAAUAUUUAGCAAUUAGAUCCGCCGGAGAGAUCCGAAAUGGCGGUGGGAGUCCGGUCAGGUCGUAGCGGCGGCGGCGGAUCGACACUUCGUAAUUUCUUCUCAUACCGAGUGUUCGCCUUCGCUAUGUUUACUCUACUCUUCAUUGUCACUCUCUUUGUGCUCUUUUCCUCUCAUCCUUCACACCAUGACCAUAAUAAUGGGAAUGCAUACAUUCAUCGGUCAGUUCUGGGAUUGAGGUCAGAUCCAAUAAAGACUAGGUUAGAUUUAGUAUACAAACAAGCAAAUGAUCAUAUAGCGCUUGUGAAUGCUUAUGCUGCAUAUGCAAGGAAGCUCAAGCUCGAUAUAUCAAAGCAGCUGAAGAUGUUUGAAGAUUUGGCCAAGAAUUUCUCAGAUCUUCAAUCAAAGCCGACUUACCGUACAGCUUUAUUUGAUACUGAUGGGGCUAUGGAUGAGGAUUCUUUAAGACAGUUUGAGAAGGAGGUUAAGGAUAAGGUCAAGUUUGCAAGAUUAUUGAUUUCUGACUCAAAGGAGUCUUAUGACAAUCAGUUGAAGAUACAAAAGUUGAAGGAUACUAUAUUUUCUGUUAAUGAGUUGUUUGUGAAGGCAAAGAAGAAUGGAGCCUUUGCCAGCUCGAUUGCGGCAAAAUCAACUCCAAAGAGUUUACAUUGUCUUGCUAUGAGGCUUAUGGAGGAGAGAAUUGCACAUCCAGAGAAAUAUAGGGAUGAUGACCCUAAACCUGAAUUUGAAGACCCUACUUUAUACCAUUAUGCCAUAUUUUCGGAUAAUGUAAUUGCAGUAUCAGUGGUUGUGAAUUCAGUGAUAAAGAAUGCAGAGGAGCCAUGGAAACAUGUUUUCCAUAUUGUUACUGACAGGAUGAAUUUAGCUGCAAUGAAGGUUUGGUUUAAGAUGAGGCCGAUUGGGGAAGCACAUAUCGAAAUCAAAGCUGUAGAGGAUUUUAAAUUCCUUAAGUCCUCAUAUGUACCAGUACUCCGGCAGCUUGAAUCUGUAAAUCUACAGAACUUUUACUUUCAAAACAGAGAAGAAAAUUCAGCAAAUGAUGUGAACAACAUGAAAUUUAGGAAUCCCAAAUACUUGUCAAUGCUCCAUCACUUAAGAUUUUAUUUGCCAGAGAUGUAUCCAGGGCUUCACCGUAUUUUGUUCUUGGAUGAUGAUGUUGUGGUUCAGAAAGAUUUGACAGCAUUGUGGAGUAUUGAUAUGGGUGGAAAGGUCAAUGGGGCAGUUGACACAUGCUUUGGAUCUUUUCAUCAAUAUGCUCAGUAUUUGAAUUUCUCGCAUCCUCUCAUUCGGGAGAAGUUCAACCCUAAGGCUUGUGCCUGGGCGUUUGGUAUGAAUAUCUUUGACCUUGAUGCUUGGAGGCGUGAAAAAUGCACAGAGGGAUAUCAUUACUGGCAGAACUUGAAUGAUGAUCGGAGUUUGUGGAAGCUGGGAACACUUCCAGCUGGGUUAGCCACCUUCUACUCAAAAACAAAAUCAUUGGAUAAAUCGUGGCAUGUGCUUGGUCUGGGCUACAAUCCGAGUAUUAGCAUGAAUGAGAUCCAUAAUGCUGCUGUGAUUCACUUCAACGGGAAUAUGAAGCCUUGGUUGGACAUAGCUAUGACUCAAUACAAGGAGCUUUGGACCAAAUACAUUGACUCUGAAAUGGAGUUCGUGCAAAUGUGCAAUUUUGGCAUGUAGAGGACCACUCUGUUACUGCCUCAGCAGCAAAGAGGUUAUAAAGAAGCCAAAUCACUGUAAGUUAACACGGAAGGUUCAUUUCUUCUGUUUCUUGUUUGAUUAUAUCUUCCAUAGAGAAGCUCAGGCUGUUGAUUUAUUUUAGUUUAUCAUAGUUUUUGAAUAUCGAGAAAUGCCUGCGGGCAAAUGGUGUAGGGUUUGAAACUGGGUGUAUGAUAGGAUCACCCCUCUACCCUUUUCCUCUUAGAUACUAAAUCUUUUGAGUCCGAACUUGUGAUGUUGCAUCUAAUUCACACAUCACGCCCUACACCCAAAUUUUGUUAUGUUGCUUGUUGUAUCAGUUACACGUUUGAAACCAGAA